UGUCGCAUUACAACAACAACAACAACAAUUUUAUUUACUAUUAAACACACUUUUUUUUCGUUUACCGGAGUAUUGUCAGCUUGUCUUAGUGAUGUCUACUAGGAGAGCUUUACAUUUUGUGUUUAAAGUUGGCAACAGAACUGAAACGAUAAAAUUCUUUAGAGAAAUACUUGGCAUGAAAUUUCUUCGACAUGAAGAAUUUGAAGAAGGUUGCAAAGCGUCUUGUAAUGGGCCUUACGAUGGUAAAUGGAGUAAGUCCAUGGUAGGAUAUGGUUGUGAGGAUAACCACUUUGUGGUAGAGCUUACCUACAACUAUGGUUUAGGAUCUUACAAGCUAGGAAAUGACUUCAUGGGCAUAACAGUACAUUCACCAUCUGUGAUAGAGAAUAUAAAGAAGCAAAGCUACCCCAGCACAGAGACAGAUGGUGUAGUAACAAUAAAAUCACCAGAUGGGUACAUGUUUCAUAUUGUAAAUGAACAAACAACUGGAGAUCCAGUGAAGAAAGUCACCUUGGCUUCAUCAGAUUUACAGAAAUCAGUUGAUUUUUGGUCAGGUUUAUUUGGCAUGAAAAUUUUCUCUAAAGAUAUCAAAAAAGCUGUUUUAGGAUAUUCAGAUGAUCAGUGUAAACUAGAAUUAUGUGAUAUAGGAGCAGAAGUAGAUCAUGGGACAGCAUUUGGAAGGAUAGCAUUUUCAUGUCCUAGAGAAGAGUUAGCAGGGAUACAGGAGAAACUAAAUUCUGCUGGUCAGAAGAUUCUUACUCCUCUGGUCAGCUUGGACACACCGGGCAAGGCAACAGUAGAAGUUGUUAUACCGGCUGAUCCGGAUGGACAUGAGAUAUGUUUUGUUGGGGACGAGGCUUUCAGACAGUUAUCUCAGACAGAUCCACAGGCAGAUAAACUUCUUGAUGAGGCUGUGGCUGCAGAUAAAAGUGACGAGUGGUUUGCAAAGAAAGGAAAGACUAAAGCAUCUGCAUAGCAACAGUUUCUUCUUAGUUUAGAAUAUGUAAUCAAGAUUUAAACUGAGAAUGCAAAUCAAAUAGAAAUUUUAUAAUACUGUUAAAACUCAGUAUAUAGAAUUCCAAGGGACUGAGCAUUUUACUUAAUGAUAACGAAAAUUAGACUUAAAAUGAUAUUUUGUACACGUUUUUUGCUAUAUUUGGAAUUUUUUAGAUAGGCAUGUUCGAGAUAUUGAGUUUCAACUGUAUGUCGGGUUAAUCAGUUUAUAUAAAGUACUUUUAUGGAGAUAGGAACAUCAGUGUUUAAUGAUUUACGCAGUGCAGUCAUACGAGAAAAAUUUCUGCAUGAGUUUGUAUUUUUUAUGGUAAAGGGACAAAAUUUGUAGCUGAACUUAUUUAAAAAGUAGUCUCACAAUUACUAGUGCAGUUCAAGGUCAUAUUAUGUACUUGUUGAAUGGCAUACUGAUAAUUUUAAAAACAUUUUAUCUACUAUCUAGAGACUGAGUUGAAUAAUAGACAUGUAGCAAAAACUGUUAACGACAACUUAUGGACACUUCCAACAAUGCAUGGUGGAUUGCUACCGUAGCUUCAAGACGAGUAAGCUUCCCAGUAAAUUGUACAGACAGUAGCUGACAAGGUUAAGAUUAUCUGCAUUUAAACUUUGAAUUGAAAUAGUUCACUAUUGCUGCAGAUAUUUAGAAAGGAACCAAAGACCAUCAGUUGUGUGAAAAGUGACAUUGAAGAGGAGUUUCACUUUAUACAGAAGUGAUAUAUAUUCUGAGAUACUAGUAUUAAUAGUAGACCAAGUAUAACAAAUUUUAAAUAUUGCAUUGAUGUUGCGAGGAUGUGAUUGUGAACGAACAAGGCAUUGUGUACAAAUCGUUCCCUUCAUUACUACCGAUCAACAGACAAACAGGAAGUGACGUUGCGUCAAUAAUCAUAACGAGUAUUUUGAACAAAAGCAAUGUUACACGACAUUGCACCAAAUCUUCAGACAUAUUUAAAGCUUUCUGUUCAGUAUACCUUCAAAAUACAUGGAUGUUGCUCACUUGAUUUUUAUUAGGGUGUAAAAAUGAUAAUGCUUGCAUAUAUUUAUGUUAAUUUUAUCAUUAUGUAAAUUUUGUGUGAUAAUUAUCCUUGACGAUUAUAUAUAAUUAUACUUAAGUUAUGAAUGAGAAACAUAAUUAUAAAGUCUGAAAUAAAAUAUAUAUUCUGUUC